AUUGCCUACUCACUGCUGCCGCUGCCCCCCGGCUUUGUUAAAUAAAACACGGCGCAUUGCGUUGCGCAUUGUUUGUUUCGUAUUCAAUCUACAUUGAAUCGAAACAAUGUCGAAUAAUCCCGAAGAUCAUCUGCCUGCAACGUCGCAGAAUCCGCAGGAAGAAAUGGAUACCAACAAUAUUCAAGAAAAUAAUAACAGCGAAUCACUCACCGAAAUCACUGCAAAUAUGUCCAAAUUGAAUGUGAACGCAUUCGUGUUUGUACCAUCGAGUGACGCACAGCAAUUAGAACUACAAUUACAGGCUGCAAACCUACAUUACCUACAUUACCAAGAAUUUAUGCCGGUUGGACUUGAUAUCUCCUUGGACCUGCAAGGCAAUCCAUAUGUCUGUUAUCAAGACAGUGUCGAAAUAGAUGAAAAUUGCUAUGGUGAGAUCGCAAUGGCAGCGCCUCAGUUCGAUGGGCCGCCGCCACCUUUACCGCCUCCUGAUAGAAACACCGACUAUGAAAUGUUCGCAAUGGAAACUGAUGUGCUGUACCCAAGCGCAUUUGGAGGAUCAAAUUCAUCAUUUGAUGCAAAUUUAUCUGCUUCUCAAGAUCCUCCAUUAUUACCCGCUAUAUAUGGUCCUUCAGUAUCAACAGCAUAUUUCUAUGAGCCACCGAAAGAUAACACAAUGCUAUAUUGUUAUUUUCCUUAUGCAGAAAAUCUACACUUCAGUGGCAAUUAUCAAACUCCUAUCAUGCCACCAACACUCUUGGAAGAUAUUCCCAUGCCAACUGCCCCGAAACCUGCAUCAACACUUACUCAAAUAUUAUCUAUCUCAGACCCUUCUUCAACUGCUGUCUACCAAAACUGGGAACCUUUUGGAACAAAUAAUACACAAACACCUGAAAUGAUUCAUGAGAUUAAACCAAAUAAAAUAGAAAACCAAGAAGAUUGUGAAGUCUCCAAGAGAACUAAUAAAAAAAGACGGGCUCGCAAUGUAGAUAACUGCAGCAAGAAAGAACAUGUCAAUUUAGUUUUUAUUGGGCAUGUUGAUGCUGGAAAAUCCACAUUAGGUGGGCAAAUUAUGUCACUUACUGGGAUGAUCAAUCAUAGAACUCUUGAUAAGCUUGAAAGAGAAGCAAGAGAAAAAUCCAGAGAGUCCUGGUAUUUAUCCUGGGCUCUUGAUACUAAUCAAGAAGAGCGUGACAGGGGUAAAACUGUUGAAGUUGGCAGAGCAUAUUUUGAGACUGAAAAGAAGCAUUUCACUAUUCUUGAUGCACCUGGCCACAAGAGCUUUGUGCCUAAUAUGAUUGGAGGUGCAGCCCAAGCAGACUUUGCAGUUUUAGUUAUUUCUGCACGUAAAGGCGAAUUUGAAACUGGGUUUGACCGUGGUGGUCAAACUCGGGAACAUGCUAUGUUGGCUAAAUCGUCUGGAGUCAAACAUUUGAUCGCUGUGGUUAACAAGAUGGAUGACCCUACUGUCAACUGGGAUGAAAAAAGAUAUAAUGAGUGUCGUGACAAAAUAUUACCAUAUCUCAAAAGAUUAGGCUUCAUCCUAGGAAGGGAUUUAUCUUUUUUACCUGUGUCUGGCCAAACUGGACAAGGCAUACUAGAUCAAGUACCUGAGGAUAUCUGCAAAUGGUAUCGUGGGCCAUCAUUCAUUCAACUAUUAGAUGAAUUACCCCCAAUUAGCCGCAAAAUGGAUGGCCCUUUCAUCAUGCCAGUUGCUGAUAAAUUUAAAGAUAUGGGUACUGUUCUCAUGGGGAAAGUGGAAGCAGGAGUAAUCCGCGUGGGAAGUGCCCUAUUGCUCAUGCCUAACAAAGUCCAAGUUAUUGUGGACCAAAUGUGGUCUGAUGAUCUUGAAGUAACAACAAUUGCCCCAGGAGAAAAUGUAAAAAUAAAAGUAAAAGGAAUAGAAGAGGAGGAAAUCUCAUCUGGCUUCGUUCUUUGUGAUAUUACAAAUCCUAUUCCAAUUGUGAAAGUGUUUGAUGCACAAGUGGUAGUACUGGAACACAAAUCUAUUAUUUGUGCUGGUUAUUCUGCAGUCAUGCAUAUUCACAGUGCACAUGAAGAAGUCACAGUCAUAUCACUUAUCUGCUUAGUGGACAAAAAGACUGGGCAGAAAUCUACAACAAGGCCUCGUUAUAUAAAGCAGGAACAGAUUGCAGUCAUGAGGCUAGAAUGUGCAGAGAUUGUUUGUGCCUGUUUGUUCAAAGAGUUUGCUCAAAUGGGCAGAUUCACUUUGAGAGAUGAAAACAAAACCAUAGCAAUUGGUAAGAUUUUAAAAAUUAUUGGUUAAACUCAACUAAUUAAAAAAUAUAUAUCAAAAUGCACUUAAAUUACUAACUUUACCUCCAGACAAAAAAAAUAUUUAAUGAGUUUAUUGUUUUCAAGUUUUAAAAAUAUGCAAAUUGUUUAAUCAAAUUUUAUGUACUUAUGUAGGUAUUUUCAUUUACCAAAAGCUGUUGAUUAUUCAAAGUAAAAAUGUAACAUGAUUUAACAUUUUCUUAAAUACUUAAAUGGUUCUUCAGAUAGAAAAAUAUUUAAUGAGUUUAUCGUUUUCAAGCUUUAAAAUUGUAUAAAUAAGCAUAAUUUUAAGUAUGUAUUUUCAUUUACCUAAAGGUGUUGAUUAUUUAAAGUAAAAAAUUAUCAUGAUUUAACAUUUUCUUAAAUACCUAAAUGGUUGUAGAAACCUGUUUUGUAUUUGUAAGUAAUAUUGCUCUAAAAAUAAGUUAUUCAGAUUCAUGCCUAUGGUUGAACCUGCCAGUGUGAAUAUUGUCUAGCUUGAUAAUUUAUUUAUUUCAUUCAUGGCUAAAAAGCAUUUUUGUGCCAAAAUUACGAAGUAGAGGUAGUCCUAGAAAUAAUAUUACUCAAUUUACCAAAUUAAUGUCAAUGUUUAAAACAUUCUGAUGUAACUUAACUAUAUAUUAUAAUGUAUGUAUUUAUAUAACUUUAAGUUAAGAGAACUAAGACUUUGUAGCUGUUUAUAUUAUAGGGACUUGACUACCUAUUAUAUUGCAUUUUGUUCUUAACUUUGAAAAAUGUUAUUUUAAUUGGAUACACAUGUAGUACUCGUAGGUACUCUGUUGUCGUGGUGAUCUCAAUAUUGAUUAUGAUAAAUUAUUUAAGAAGUUCGCAUUAUUGAAUGUAAUUCAUAAAUGUCUUGAUGUGAUUUUAAAAAUAAUCGUAAAAAUACGAAUGUAAUACUCUUAUAGGAAAUAAAACUAUUUUUUGGAAGUAA